UCUUAAACUCCCGAACAACAUGUUCUUUCUAAACUUGCACACAUACUCAACCCAAACAGAAAUUUGAUCACUGAAACCGAAAAUGGGAGACAAUGGGGAUGCCCUGUUAAACCGAAAGAGCAACAAGUUCCAGCGCUGCGUUUCACAUACACAUGAUGAAUUACAGAUCUUUAGAUCCUACCUGCGAUGGAUGUUCGUGGAUCAAUCCAAUGUUUGGAGAGCAUGUCUCUCUUGGUGCAUGUUCAUUCUCUUUGGAAUCGUUGUCCCCGCCAUUUCCCAUUUCGUGUUUGCCUGCGCCACCUGCGACGGAAACCACAAGAGGCCCUAUGACAGUGUCGUGGAAUUGUCAUUGAGCAGCGUCGCGACGGUGUCAUUUGUGUGCCUCUCAUGGUUUGUAAGGAAGUUUGGGCUCCGAAGGUUCUUGUUUUUUGAUAAGCUUUAUUAUGAGAGCGAAACCGUCAGGAGGGAAUAUACAGCACAAUUAAAUAGGUCAUUGAAAAUUCUCUCCAUCUUUGUCCUACCAUGCUUUUUUGCCGAAAGUGUGUAUAAGAUAUGGUGGUACACUUCGGGAUUCUCGCAAGUGCCUUUCGUGGCUAAUGUUUACGUAAGUUCCACUGUAGCAUGCAUUCUAGAACUGUGUUCAUGGCUCUACCGGACGACCGUGUUUUUCCUCGUGUGUGUUCUGUUUCGGUUGAUUUGCUACCUCCAAAUCUUAAGGCUUCAAGACUUUGCCACAGUGUUUCAAGUCGAAUCCGACGUGGCGUCAAUUAUGUCCGAGCACCUUAGAAUCCGAAGGCACUUAACGAUCAUAAGCCAUAGGUUCCGGGGGUUCAUAUUGUGGUCUCUAACAUUGAUCACAGGGAGCCAAUUCGCAUUGUUGCUCAUCACGACCAAGUCCAGUGCCGCUGUCGAUUAUACGCAUAUUUUCAGAGUUGGGGAACUUGUGUUAUGCUCCAUAACUUUGGUUACCGGCCUCCUCCUCUUACUCCGCAGCGCAACUAAAAUAACACACAAGGCCCAAGCAGUGGCAUGCCUAGCUACCAAGUGGCAUGUUUGUGCCACACUGGAGUCGUUUGAUGGAACCGAGUUGGAUUCUCCAACGGCUCAAAUUGCGAAUGAUCCAGCAUUUUAUUUUAACACCGACGAAGAAUCAGACGGGGAUUUGGUUAGUGAUGAAGAUAAUGACUUGGAAAACACCAAGAUGGUGCCAUCUUGUUCAUCUCAUACCAUUUCUUACCAAAAACGUCAAGCUCUGGUGACCUAUUUUGAGAACAAUAAAGCCGGCAUUACUGUUUACGGGUUCACGUUGGAUAGGACUACACUGCACAUGUUAUUUAUGAUUGAAUUUUCAUUAAUUCUCUGGCUGUUGGGGAAGACCAUUAAUGGAAUUUCUUAGGUAAUAUUUUUAGAGAGACAUGGAGAGUUGGGAGAUUUUGUAUUUAAGUCUGUUAUGUAAGUUAAGAUUAUAGAUGUAUAUUAUACUCAAUAGAAGAACACGUUUAUUCAUUACAGUUAAGAUGAAUGUUUAAUUGUACUUGGUACUAACCUGCAAUAUACAUGGUUGAUCAUGGUCC